AUGCACUUCCCCAGCACCCUCGCCUUCCUCUCCAGCGCCCUCGCACUAGCGUUGCCCACCAGCGCCCACGGCUCCUUGACAGGGCCGUCUAUCAGUCCCAGUCUAAGCACAGCCACGACGACGACCACAGACCCCUACAUGAACACCGAGACAAGGACAGCAAGGAGUGCGAAGAAGACCAAAACCGCGUUCGCGACGGUGACGCGUAUCAUGGCCACAUCUGCGUACGUGACGACAUCAGCAACGGCCUCGCAUCUCGCAGAUCCGCCGUGCACGAAGGGAGAAUGUGAGGAAGAGGGAAAUGGAAAUGGCAGAACAAGCGCAACAGUAGAGAUGGGUACGGAGAUACAUGCAGAUACAGAUCUCGAUGCCAGUGCAGCACCAACGACAACAGCCACAACAACAACAACACGUCCCAGCUCCAGCCGCGCCAUCAGCCGGCUAACACGGGCUGCGAACAGCACCGGCCGCCUCGGCGCGAUGGGGAUAGUGAGCGUCAAUAACGCUGCGAUGGGUACGUUGGACACUGCGGUUACGGGAGGAGUUCCGGGAGGUUCGUUUAAGCCUACGGCACCAGACCGCGAGUCGUCGGCGUGGGACGCAGAACGCACCUCGCUCCUCUCCACCACACCGCCAGCAACAGCAACAGCAGCAGCAGCAGCAGCAGCAGCAGGUGGGACCACGACCUCGCGAUCAGCAUCUCACGCCGCCGGCGGUGACGGUGACGGUUGGGGGUUGGGCGGGUUCGAGUGGCCGGGGUUUGGCGCUGCUGAGACUACUCCUUCGACCUCUGCUGCGACCUCCAUCGCACCUGCAUCUGCUGCUACGCUCACCACCCACCCCGGCGACGGAAUAGCAUGGUCCGGCACCGACAACGCCAUCCGUCUACAGCUGCACGACCGCGCGCUCCUUGGUCCGGGGGGGAUGGGGAAAGGGGAGCUCCGGCGUGGGCUUCGCAGACAUGGUGGGAAUGGUGGGGAUGUAAGACAGCGGGAGUGUAGGGUUUGUGGUACCGAGGGCAAGGUGCUGUGUAGAGGGGAUGUAGCGGUUGGGGUUUGUGAAGAGGGGUGUUUGGUGAUGAAGAUGCUGGGGAGGGGGAGGGGGAAUGGAUGCGAAGACGAGUAG